AUGGCCAAGCGCCACCUGGCCAGAGCCGGCCCAGCAGCCAGCAGCCCCCUGCCUCCUGCUCUCCACCCGCCGGCCAUGGGCGCGCAGGAGGCGUCGGGCCCGAAGGCCAAGAAGAAGUACAGCCGCUACGCCAAGCCGCCCUACACCUACCUGGCCAUGAUCGCCCUGGUCAUCCAGGCCGCCCCGGACAAGAGGCUCCGGCUGGCCCAGAUCAUCAAGGAGAUCAGCUCCCUCUUCCCCUUCUUCAAGGAAGGCUACCAGGGCUGGAAGGACUCCAUCCGGCACAACCUCUCCUCCAACGACUGCUUCCACAAGGUGCUGAAGGAUCCGGCCAAGCCCAAGGCCAAGGGGAACUUCUGGACGGUCGACGUGAGCCGCAUCCCGCCCGAGGCCCUCAAGCUGCAGAACACACCCAUCUCGCGCAGGGAGGAGGCGGCCUUUGUCCAUGACCUGACCCCCUACGUGCUCCACGGCCGCUCCUACACCGCCUCUUGCAGUUCAGUGGUGUGCCCGUUUCCCAUCAUGCCUUGGGGCCAGGUGCCCGCCUCCUACGCGAACAGCAUGGCCUCCGGUUAA